AUGGGUAAUUGUAUCAUUUCUGGAAAAAAAAAAUGCAAAGAAAAAGAGGUUUAUGUUAAACAAUUAUCUUUGGAAGAACCAAGUAGUAAAAAUAGUACAUUUAAAGAAGAGCUAAUAAAUAAUAAAGAAAAUAAAGAUGAAGUUAAUUUAAAUAAUGAAGAUAAUAAUAUUAUUAAUCAAAAUAAAAUAGAAGAAAAAACAAGUAAUACUUUUAUGGAGGAUGAUAAUAAAGAAAAUGAAAAUAUUGAUUUAGAUUUAACUUGUAAUUCAAAUGUAUAUAAUAAUUUAGAAGAAUCCAGUAGUAUUUCUUCACUUCCAUCAUAUCAUACACCUGUAGGAACUCCUAAAUUUAAAAUUCCAAAUCUUUUUAGUGAAGAUCGUCCAAUUCAACCAAUGCCAACACCAUUCCGUAUUGAUGCUGUAACUCCAGGAAGAAGAAUUGAAAAUUUAUGUGAUCGUAAUGGACGGGUUCGAAAAGAUGCUCCCUUUCAGGUUUAUUUAGCAAAAAAAAGAAAACAAAAUUUAUUUGUACAUUAG